AGUCCCUUAAAAUUUGCAAAUAAGAUGGACGUCCUUCCUGUUAAUGCUGGUCUGUAAUAUCUAUCCGAAUUUUGAGUACAUUUUAGAUUUGUGAAUUUUAAAUGGUAUAGAUUUUAUGUUUACACGCUUGUUGAUCAGUUCAUGGGGAAUGGGGUAAAUGGUCACCGUGGACAGGGGAGUGUUAUUGUGAAGGCCGCCAGUUCCGGCACCGACUUUGCGACAGUCCGGAGCCACAGUUCGAUGGAAACACCUGUCCUGGAAAACCUAUUUCUUCCCGACCAUGCACAAAUGCCACAACCGAUUGCAAAGCAUAUGAUGAGCCUAAGAAACAAAGUGUUUGUGAAGAUGACUUGUCAGACUAUGGUGGGUUUAGUAGUUGGUCAGAAUGGAGCUCAUGUUCCUCCGAAUGUGGACACGGGCUCAGUUCAAGAACCAGGCAAUGCAAAUGGUCUGCGCCUAUGGCGGGUAUAAGACCUUGCACCGACGAUGUUGUCGAAAGUCGACCCUGUCGAGGGAAAGGAAACU